CAGCGGAGUGCCGUGUGUAUUCCUGGAAGAGCGCCAUAGGAUUCGUCCCUCGCCUUUGUGCGCGUCCACCCCCAACCACGCGCUUGGGAGGCAGUCGCCUGGCAAAGGAGAACGCCACUGAAACCUGUCAAACUACUGCUGCUGAAAACGCGCGCCGAAUCGCCGCCGGCGUUGUGUGCUCCUGUUGUAGCGGCGUUGCGCCGACGUUGUGUGAAGUGAAAGCCGCAGCCCGCGAUCCUGCUGCAAUGAGCUUCCUGAAACACUUCGAUCCGACGAAGAUUCCUCGAACAAGGGUGGAGCUCCAUCUUCAUUUGGACGGCUCCGUACGACUGGAGACAAUAUGGGAACUUGCGCACAAGAAGAAGAUAGACCUUGGAUGUCCUUCAAUAGCUGCCCUGCGAUGGCGGCUGCAGAAAGUGGAGUCAUCGUCCUUGAAAGACUUCCUCGACCGCUUUUCCAUAUUUAUGCCUACUAUAGUGGGCGACUUAGUAGCAAUCGAGCGCAUUGCGUACGAGCUGUGCGAGGAUCAGGCCAGAGAAGGCGUCGCCUACUUCGAGGCGCGCUACUCGCCGCACCUGCUGGCUUCGAAGGAGAAGAGUGUGACGCCGGCCCUGGUCAUCCAAGCGGUCAGCCGUGGGCUCCAAAGGGGAGAGCACGACUUCCGCAUCAAAGCUCGAUCCAUAGUAACCUCCGUCUGGGGAAACGACGAAUGGACCAUCGAUUGCUUGAGACUGUGUGAGGAGCACAAUGGCAUUGGUGUCGUUGGAAUUGAUAUUGCAAAGGACGAAGUGCAGACCCCUGGCUACACGGCUGUAGAGGCCCAAGUCUUCCAGAGAGCGAAGCAGUUGGGCGUCCCAAGGACAGCACAUGCUGGUGAAAGCGGCACCUACUCAACCGUGCGAGAUGCCAUUGUCAACCUAAACUGUGACCGUGUAGGACACGGAUACCGUGUUUUCCAAGAUCCGACGGGCGAGACAUACGAGUUGGCUCGCAGGCAGAACAUUCAUUUCGAAGUGUGUCCUUACUCCAGUGUUCUUUCCGGAGGUUGCCCGCUGGGCACCCAGAGGCACUCCAUAGUCCGCUUUGCCGAGGAUAAUGUUAACUUCUCCAUCAAUAAGGAUGACAGCACUAUUACGGGAAGCACAUUGGAUCUUGAGUAUGCAUUCCUUAAAGAUCUCGGCCUGACUGAAGCCCACAUUAUUAGAGCGAAUAUAAAUGCUGCCCGAUCAUGUUUCCUGCCACACUCGGAAAAGGAAGAUCUGCUUCAGCAUCUCUUCAGGGAAUAUGGAAUCUCAUCUAAGAAAGUUGCAUAAAUAAAAUAAAUGUUUGUUCAA